AUGGUUGCGUUUUCGUUUCUUUCACUUCUCUUUCUCUGCUGUAUUCUCCUAGCCGUCUUCAAACACAAGAAGAGGCAGAAAAAUCAGCAACCACCGUCUCCUCCUGGCUUUCCGAUCAUCGGAAACUUACAUCAGCUCGGAGAAUUACCACAUCAGUCUCUAUGGAGUCUCUCAAAGAAGUAUGGUCCUGUCAUGCUUUUGAAGCUUGGAAGUGUCCCAACGGUUGUAGUUUCUUCUUCUGAUACAGCACAACAGGCUCUCAAAAUCCAUGAUCUCCAUUGUUGUAGCCGUCCUAGCUUAGCAGGGCCAAGAGAGCUCUCUUACAAUUAUCUGGACAUUGCUUUCUCUCCUUUUAAUGAUUACUGGAAAGAAUUAAGGAGGAUGUGUAUGCAAGAACUCUUCAGUGCUAAACGAGUUCACUUGAUUCAACCCAUCAAGGAAGAGGAAGUCAAGAAACUGAUCAAUUCAGUCUCGGAAUCAGCUUCUCAGAAAACAGAGGUUAACUUGAGCGAGAAGUUUCUUGAUUUAACUGUAAGCGUGAUAUGCAAGGCAGCAUUUGGUCUGAGCUUCCAUGGUACAAUUCUCAACAAUGACGGAUUCGACAAGUUAAUACGCGAGGCGUUUUUGUUUUUGGGUAGCUUCUCUGCCUCGGAUUUUUUCCCAACUGGUGGCUGGAUCAUCGACUGGCUCUCGGGUCUACAAGGACGGAGAGAGAAAAGCGUGAGUGAUCUUGAUGCUUUCUAUGAACAAAUGUUUGAUUUGCAUAAACAGGAAAACAAAAAAGGAGUUGAAGAUUUCGUGGACUUGCUCUUGAGGUUAGAGAAGGAUGAAACUGUUCUUGGAUAUGGCAAACUCACAAGAAACCAUAUCAAAGCAAUCUUGAUGAACGUUCUUCUUGGUGCCAUCAAUACUUCUGCAAUAACAAUGACAUGGGCCAUGACAGAACUUAUAAGAAACCCGCGAGUGAUGAAGAAAGUACAAUCCGAAAUCAGAAACCAAAUGAGAAACAAGUCAGUGAUAACCUUAGAUGAUAUAGAUCAUCUACCUUACUUGAACAUGGUCAUCAAAGAAACAUGGAGGCUACAUCCUCCAGCACCUCUUCUGGUUCCAAGAGAAGUUAUGUCUGAAUUUGAGAUCAACGGCUACAAGAUACAACCCAAGACAUUGCUUUAUGUGAAUGUUUGGGCUAUCGGGCGUGACCCCGAUACUUGGAAAGAUGCAGAGACGUUUCUCCCAGAAAGGUUUAUGGAUAACAACAUUGAUGCUAAAGGACAGAACUUUGAGUUGUUACCCUUUGGAAGUGGCAGGAGAAUCUGUCCUGGAAUGUACAUGGGGACAACAAUGGUGGAGUUUGGUUUGGCUAAUAUGUUGUACCAAUUCGACUGGCAAUUACAAGAAAGCAUGGUGGUUGAAGAUAUUGACAUGGAAGAGUCUCCUGGACUGGCUGUGGGAAAGAAAAAUGAUCUUCUACUUGUUCCUGUGAAAUAUUUUGAUCAUUGAUCAUCACUUAAACUAAGUACUUCAUGAGGUUACAAAAUAAAUUGUGUAGCCAUCCGAUUCUACCUAAAUAAUA